AUGUCCGCUAGUAGCUCGAAAACAAGCAGUAAGAGUAAACAAUCGGGCAAAAGUAAGUCCUCAGUAAGUCGUCCGGAACAACCGGCCAAAGUUACUGAUAACAAAUGGAUCGAUAUCGAUCACGAUUUGAAGAAAACACCCGAGAAACAAAAGCAGCAGUACGAAGGCGUUGAUGAAAAGGCAUUGGAAGAGAUUGGAUAUGUACAUGAUUUGUCAGAAAAAACAAGAAACAAAAAUAAUACCAUGGACUAUUGUACAUUCAAGUUACAAACGUCGCCCAACAAGUUUAAAGACGCCCUUCUGUAUUCACCUACCAAGAGAAAAAUUUUAAAGACCAGCGACGAUAGUCGAACGCCAAUAAAAGUGGAAAAAUUCACGUAUACUAAAGAUGGCAAAAAGAUAAUCGUGAACGAGGUGACUCGUCUAUCAAGCCCAGAUGCAUCCGAAUGCGUGUUUCAAUAUGUCCCACUUACGCCAUCGACUGAAAAAUUUACCACCAUUCAAAAUGUAUUGGAUAACGCCGACGAAUAUGAUAAAGUUAACGUCGAAGGAAAAGUCUUUCAUUUGCACGAAAAUCGUCCGAACAACACAAAUCUGCAUCUUGCUUCAGGAUUGUUAGUUGACGAGGAAGCAACAAUUCCACUUGAUGUGUGGGAACCUCACAUUUCGUCAAUACAAGAAAACAACGCGUACGCUUUCAUGUCAUUAACCGUGCGAGUAUGGAAUGGGAAAAAAAAGGUGGCCCUCGGAAGGCAAGGUAAAGUUUAUGCUUUGACGGACAGCCCAGUUAUGUCAGUAACCGAAGAUAACGUUCCAGCCAGUGAGAAUAAAUUCGGCGCCAUUGGUAUUGAAGAAAUUGCAUCGAUCAGCAGCAUUGAGGUGUUUCAUGCUUGUGUCAAUUGCAAUAAGAAGCUUAUUCAA